GUGGGCGGGAGUUGGAGUGUCGCGAACGUGGGCAGAUGGCUGCGGCGAUCGUGUCGUCGUCGGUCCUGGCCGGGCUGCGCGGUGGACGGCGGCGUGUUGGAGGCGACGCACCGGCGUCCAGACGGCAGCAGAGGGGAGGAUCGCAUGGACGCAGCCGCAGAACACUCUCCGUCAAACAAAGUGCGGUCCGAGACCGUCAGAAGCACGAACCUACCGCGAUCGUCUAGCGAGUUGGCCGCCGGUACAUACUGAGCGACCUCCGUGCCCCGGCGCCGUUCCGCUCUUCGGAGGCAAAGGCGCACGUCUCCCACUGCUGCCAAUGGACACAUGCCGAGCUCACCGGACGCCUCGCAGGUCUUAUCGGCGACAAUGAGGCGUUGGGAAUGGGAAGAGCCAGUCCAACAGACUCUGCAGCCAGAGGCCGUCGGCACCUCGGCCGGCCCCCUCCCUCCCACUCGACCCACCAUGGCCUCUCCUCGUCUCGCCCUUUCCUCGGCCACCAUGACCUCGUCGCAGCUGAGGGACCCGGACGUCCAGGACACAGUCGACGUCGAGGAGGACCCUGUGGUCGCCCUCCCCGAGGCAACUGGCGCAGGCGGCUCCCACGCGCCCGUCCCCACCUCUGCGGACCCACAGACAGAUGCCCCUCAGGAACAUGGCGACUCGCCUGAGCUCACUGACCAGACCAACUUCUUGCCCACAAAGCAGGUCAUCAUGGUGUUCCUCGGGAUGUCCAUCGCGCUCAUGUGCUCGUUCUUGGAUCAAACCAUCGUCGCCACUGCUCUUGCGAGCAUAGAAGAAGACCUGAACGGAGGGACCAUCGGCGCAUGGGUAGCGACGGCGUAUCUCCUCACUAGCUUGGCAUCCACACCACUGUAUGGCCGGUGGUCAGAUGUCUUCGGGAGGAAGGUCGUCAUGCUCUUCGCACUCGCUGUCUUCCUGGUCUUCUCGCUCGCAUGCGCUCUUGCACGCACGAUGAUCCAGUUGAUCGUGUUCAGAGCGUUGCAAGGCAUUGGUGGCGGAGCCAUCAUCACUAUGACCUUGAUCAUUAUCUCGGACAUCGUCUCACUCAAGGACCGAGGAAAGUUCAUGGGAAUCAACGAAUCCAUCAUCGCACUCUCGAAUGGGAUUGGACCCAUCCUCGGAGGUGUUAUUUCUGAAUACACGACCUGGCGAUGGGUAUUCUACCUGAAUCUGCCCCUCGCAUCCCUGGCGAUCGUCACUUGUGCCUUGCUCCUACCCCAGAAGAAGGUUCACGGCGACAUGCGCAAGAAGCUGCUGCAGAUCGACUACGUCGGCUCUUUGCUGACCGUCAUCUCGUCGGUCCUCUUGCUUCUAGGGCUGAACUGGGGAGGCGUCUCCUACGGCUGGGUGUCGGCUCCCGUGCUCGUGACACUCAUUUUGGGAGUGAUCACAUAUGUUCUUUUCCUGGUUUGGGAGGCAAAGAUGGCGAAGUUCCCCAUCGUACCAGUCUUCAUUUUCCGCCACAAGACGGUCGCUGGUGUGUUCAUCGCCACGCUCAUGAAUGGAACGACGUUCUUCUCGCUCCUCUACUACGUUCCGCAGUAUCUGCAACUUGUCCGAGGCAUGUCGCCGACUAGGUCCAGUCUGCUCUUGCUACCAUUCCUUGCGCCCAUCGCAUUCUGCGUGUUCAUAUGCGGACAAAUCACGGCGCGCACGGGGCAUUACCGAUACAUGAUCAUAGCAGGUUACAGUCUAUGGACGGUGGCACAGGGCCUGCAGUGCACCAUUCAUCAGCACUCCUCGGAGGCCAAGAUCAUUGGAUCGCUCCUGAUGGCGGGUAUCGCCGCGGGCAUGACAUUCCAGACAACCCUCCUUGCUGCCCAGGCUGCAGUGAGCCGUCAGCAGAUGGCAGUCGUCACAGCCGUGCGGAACUACCUCCGACUGUUCGGCUCGUGCAUCGCGCUGGGAGUGUGCUCGUCGCUCAUCAACAACUCCCUCCGGGAGGCAGCCCAGAGCGUGGGCCUCACCGCGCAGCAGAUCGCAGUGCUGCUGAACGACCCGACGAGUAUCAAGAAAGACAGUGUGGGGAUCAGUGAGUCUGCGCUGACGGUGAUUGUGAACGGAUAUGCGGAGGGCUUCCGAGGGGUGUUCUACUUGACGGUCGCAGCGACUGGCAUCGGUUGGCUCGCGGCGGUGUUCUUGAUCCAACAGCACGAGCUCUCGCGGGCGGACGACAAGCUGUUGAAGCAGGCAGCUAAGGAGACACGGGUGAAGGAAAAACUGGAGAAGGGUGAGGUUGAGCAGGACCCGGAGAAGGGAGGGAUGGAGGCGGAGGCGGAGGCGGAUGCGGAGAAGAAAGAGAAAAGCUGACCGCUCCAAGACUUCCUAGACAUUCAUGAUAGACGAGCAGUGCUCACGACUCCACGAUACUUACCGCAAUACGAUGCAAUGUAUUAUCAUCAUGUACGGAGGAUGCCCGGGCGGGAGCAGGCCACGAUCGAGAUAUGUGAUCUAGCGACUUCGCUACGGAG